UAAAAAAAUAAGUAAUGGAUUAGUAGCUAAACACAAGAAGUUGGACAAGACCCGACAAUUUAAUACGAGACGCGUUGACCUUGACCUUGACUUUUCGUCAGCACAAAACGUUAUCUACGGUAGUCACUGAGAGAGAACAAACAAUCAAAUUUGUUUCAUAUAUCACUCAAAGCUUGAUGAGAAGAAACACAGAUCAAGAAAGCCCAAUUAUGUCUUAUUACUCCUCUUUCUUCUUCCUUUUCCUCUUCUCCUUUCUCACGAGUUUCAGAGUUUCUGCUCAAGAUCCCACUUACGUAUACCACACCUGUCAAAAUACGGCAAAUUACACAAGUAACAGCACUUACAACAACAAUCUCAAGACCCUUUUGGCUUCUCUUUCUUCCCGCAACGCUUCCUACUCCACCGGAUUCCAAAACGCCACCGUCGGCCAAGCUCCAGACAGAGUCACCGGACUUUUCAACUGCCGUGGAGAUGUCUCAACGGAAGUUUGCCGUAGAUGCGUCUCCUUUGCCGUCAACGACACCUUAACUCGGUGUCCUAACCAGAAAGAAGCCACACUUUAUUACGAUGAGUGUGUACUUAGAUACUCUAACCAGAAUAUUCUCUCGACACUAAUAACCACCGGUGGAGUUAUCUUGGUUAACACCCGGAAUGUGACAUCUAACCAACUAGACCUGUUAAGUGAUUUGGUUUUGCCUACUCUGAACCAAGCCGCCACCGUAGCCUUGAACAGUUCCAAAAAAUUCGGUACGAGAAAAAACAAUUUUACUGCGUUGCAGAGUUUCUAUGGACUGGUUCAGUGCACACCUGAUCUCACGAGACAAGACUGUUCGCGUUGUCUCCAACUGGUCAUCAAUCAAAUACCUACUGACAGAAUUGGUGCAAGAAUUAUUAAUCCGAGCUGUACUUCAAGAUACGAGAUCUACGCGUUUUACACCGAAUCCGCCGUUCCACCACCACCACCACCACCGUCAAUUUCUACUCCUCCAGUUUCAGCUCCUCCGCGAUCUGGAAAAGAUGGGAAUUCAAAGGUGUUAGUGAUAGCCAUUGUUGUGCCUAUUAUAGUGGCUGUUCUGCUUUUUAUAGCUGGUUAUUGUUUCCUUACAAGAAGGGCAAGGAAGAGUUAUUACACACCAUCUGCAUUUGCUGGAGAUGAUAUCACAACAGCAGACUCACUACAGCUUGAUUAUAGAACAAUUCAAACUGCAACAGAUGAUUUUGUAGAGAGUAAUAAGAUUGGUCAAGGUGGAUUUGGUGAGGUUUACAAGGGUACUUUAUCGGAUGGGACUGAAGUUGCGGUGAAGCGACUAUCAAAGUCAUCAGGACAAGGUGAAGUAGAGUUCAAGAACGAGGUUGUUCUUGUUGCAAAGCUACAACAUAGAAAUCUGGUUAGACUUCUUGGGUUUUGUCUAGACGGAGAAGAAAGAGUACUGGUCUACGAGUAUGUGCCCAACAAAAGUCUUGAUUACUUCCUCUUUGACCCUGCAAAGAAAGGCCAGCUGGAUUGGACUCGACGAUACAAGAUUAUCGGUGGAGUUGCUCGAGGGAUUCUGUAUCUUCAUCAAGACUCACGACUCACAAUCAUACACCGUGACCUCAAAGCCAGUAACAUUCUCUUGGACGCGGAUAUGAAUCCUAAAAUUGCAGAUUUUGGAAUGGCUAGGAUCUUUGGAUUGGACCAAACCGAAGAGAACACAAGCAGAAUAGUUGGUACCUAUGGUUACAUGUCUCCCGAGUAUGCAAUGCAUGGUCAGUACUCAAUGAAAUCUGAUGUCUAUAGCUUCGGAGUGUUAGUUCUUGAGAUUAUAAGUGGCAAGAAGAAUAGCAGCUUCUACCAAACAGAUGGUGCACAUGACUUGGUCUCAUAUGCUUGGGGGCUUUGGAGUAACGGGCGACCAUUAGAACUCGUGGAUCCAGCUAUUGUAGAAAAUUGCCAAAGGAAUGAAGUUGUUCGAUGUGUCCAUAUCGGUCUUUUAUGUGUUCAAGAAGAUCCUGCUGAGCGUCCGACGUUGUCAACCAUUGUUCUGAUGCUCACUAGUAACACUGUGACUUUACCCGUGCCACGGCAACCCGGUCUUUUCUUUCAGAGUAGAAUUGGAAAAGACCCGCUUGAUACAGAUACAACGAGCAAAUCUCUUCUAGGGUCUGUUGACGAUGCAUCCAUCACAGAUAUACAUCCUCGAUGAUGAUGAGUUUUUCCCUUCAUACCUGAUUCCUGAAUCUAUUGGUGUUGAAAAUAAGUUAAAAACUUCUUUUGUUAUAGAAUGUUUGUAUUGUAAUUGUAACCACAAGCAAGUAUAAGAUAUAUACCAUUUACACGUUUCUCCA